AUGAAAAAUGCGUGGUAUGCACUAGAUUUAAGGAAAUUUACAAAUGCUACAGUAAUGCCGGUACCAGCCGCAUACAAUGACAUGUCCGCAGAUGCAGAAUUACGAGAUCAUGUUGGAUGGGUAUGGUAUCAGACAAUGGUGAUCAUCCCAGAACGGGAUAUGGGACAACAUAUUGCUCUACGAUUUGGAAGUGCUAAUUAUUUUGCUAAAGUUUAUUUUAAUAACAAAGAAGUUGGAUCUCAUGUAGGUGGACAUUUACCAUUUGAAUUUGAUGUCACACAAGUAGCUUUAUUUGGUCGGGAAAACAAGAUUACGGUAGCUGUAAAUAACACUCUAUCAUGGUCCACCAUUCCACCGGGUGAUUUCAACUAUGCACGCGAUACAACCCGAACUAUUGGUGGGAAAAAUAUGUCUCGAACCCCAGAAGGAGCAUUCAAGAACGUAGGAAACUUCGACUUCUUCAAUUAUGCAGGACUUUUAAGACCAGUUUAUAUGCUGAAACUGCCACAAAGUCAUAUAGUGGAUAUACGAAUCCUUGCUGAACACUUAGGUUAG